AAGAAAGCCAAAAAGUAAGAAUGACCACCACAGGGAUCACUUCGCAACCAUUUACACACUUCUCAGCACCAUCCCCGUGGAGCCCGCGCGAAAAUUGCUAGCAGUGCGUUUUUGAUUCGUCCCACGCCGCGAUCCCGUAGUGUGUGGUCUCAUUGAAGAACAGUGACCGAACACUUGGCAAAAAGGAACCUUGUCAUCAUCAUUUCAACUUCCAGCUAAUCCUUGCAGGAGUUAUUAUUGACAGCUGCCGGAGAAGGGAUAAUUUUGCAGUGAAAUUCGAGACUCUGAAAGCAUGAUGCGCGCAGGGCUGGUGCUGCUUUUGGCAGCAUUGGUUCACGGAGAGCCUCUGCCGGAUAAGCUCGAGGAAUGUCCACAAAGUGCCGAAUGCCUUGCACGAGAUCUCUGUCAGGGCAAUCAAGGCAUGGUCCUCUACAGCUUCAAAGAAAGAGAAUUAGACGAGCCUGUCUAUGCCUGUGGAAUGGACAGCAAGAGCAGCGACGUUUGCUGCAUCCUUCCCAACACGCCUUCUGAGGAUGAUGACUCACAGAGUGAUGAUGCAACAGAAGCUGACAGAUCGAAACGAGAGGAAAACAAGAAGGAAGCUGAAGANAAGUGA